AUGAAUUCUUCUUAAAAAUUAACAAUACAAGAUAAUUAGAUAAAAGAGGAUUAGGAUGGAAAGAAGACUAAAUGUGUAACAUUUUGUUUUGAAAAAAACAUAAUUCAUUCUAUUUAUAAAUGUCCAUCAGAAUAUUUGAGUAAAAAAAAGAAAAAACAAUUAAGUAGAAGAAUAUCUAGUUAAAUUAAAGGGAGAUGGUUUGAUGAUUUAACAUCUUCUGAUGAAGAAACUAGGAACUAUUCUGAUCUUGAAGAUUAUGAACACUUCUAUAGCAUAAUUGAAUGGAAAAACUUACAAGAAGUAUCUUAAUAAAAAAUGACUCCUAAUAAUUAGAAGGAAGAUCAAAAUUCAAAAAAUUCCAAUGAUUUUUAAAAUGGAAGUUUGAAUAAUCCAAAAUCAUGUCUCAAAAAGAUUAAAAAAUUAAGUAUUCUUCCAUAAAUAGAUGAAUUAAAGAAAUAGGAUUAAAAUGAUGAUCAAUAAACUGAAGUUUCUUCUGAAAAAAUUAAUAAUAAAGAAAAUUUAUAAAAUAAUCAAUAUAUUAUAGUGAGUAAAUUUAAAGAUUAAGAUGAAGAGGAUGAAGUAAGAUAAUAAGUUAUAUUAUAGAUAUCUAUAAAUCUUGAUGAUUUAGAUGAAUUCGAAUGUAAUUUUAAAGAAUAGAGAUCUCACGAAAGAUAAGAUAUUUCUAUGUUCGAUCAGUUAAGGAAAAAAAUAGAUUUCAAGUCAUCUUUUCAGAUUAUUGAUAUAGUAAAAUUAUAUGAAAAUAUAUGA